AUGACUGCACAUAACGGAGCGCUCAUUUACCGGGGCUCCUUCGGUACCCGGCGUGCCGUCGGGGUUUAUCCCGAGCCGGUCACACGCGCCCCUGUCGCGACAGGCGGCGAGUCCCGGUCCGGUCGCGCCGCCCGGGAGCCGCUCCCGCGGGGCGUUUUCGAUCCCCGGGGCACCGGGCACCGGUGGGGUUCGCGGGACCCCGGCCCGACCCCGGCCCGACCCCCGCCCGUCCCGCGUGGGCGCUCGCCGGCGCGCCGCAUCGAUGGCUCGGCGCUCGCUGUGGCCGCCUGGCCGCGCUCGGCGGUGGAUUGGCGCUGCCUGCCCGCCGCCCCGGAAGGCGCUGGGCUCGAACCGGGGCCGCGGCGGCUCCGCCAGGCGCUCCCCGGUGCAUCAGGAGGCGCUGCCCAAAGGUCGGAGAUGGGCCGGCGCUCCUCGGACACGGAGGAGGAGGGCAGGAGCCGGAGGAAGAAGAAGCACCGGCGGCGCUCCUCCUCCAGCAGCUCCUCGGACAGCCGCGCCCACAGCCGCAAAAAGUCGGGCCGCAAAUCCAGGUCCAGGUCGCGCUCCCGGGAUCUCCCGUCCUGGUCCCAUUCCUAUGAGAAAAGGCGCAGACACAGAUCCAGCAGCAGCUCUUCCUACGGCUCCAGGAGGAAGCGCAGCCGCUCCAGGGGCAGAGGCAAAUCCUACAGGUCCCAAAGGUCCAGGUCAAAGAGCAGAACCAGGAGGUCGCGCUCGCGGGCCCGGCAGCGAUCCUACAGCCGCAGCAGCGAGAGGUCCGGCCAGCGGAGAACGCCCAGCGCCUCCCGGGAGCGCCGCAGGGGCCGCGACAAGGACAGGGACAAGGCCAAGGACAAGGGCAAAGGGAAGGAGAAAGAAGCUCACGGCGCCAAGGCCGGGGACUCUGCAAACAUCAAAGCUGGAUUAGAACAUCUGACUCCUGCUGAACAGGCCAAGGCCAGGCUGCAGCUGGUUCUGGAGGCAGCUGCCAAAGCAGAUGAAGCGUUGAAGGCCAAGGAGAGAAGUGAAGAAGAAGCCAAGAGAAGAAAGGAAGAAGACCAAGCCACCCUCCUGGACCAGGUGAAGCGAGUGAAGGAAAUCGAAGCCAUCGAAAGCGACGCCUUCGUCCCACAGACCUUCAGGUCCAGCAAAGAAGUCAAAAAGUCAGCAGAACCUCCUGAGCUCCAGCAGGAGCCUGUGAAUGUGGGAGCAGGAGCCACUGAGGCAGCUGCUGCUGAGAAAGAGCCUCCAGCUGCCAACAUCCCCACUGCCAUCAAGUACCAGGAUGACAAUUCCUUAGCUCAUCCAAAUCUGUUCAUGGAGAAGGCAGAGGCUGAGGAGAAGUGGUUCCAGAGGCUGGUUGCUCUGCGCCAGGAGCGGCUGAUGGGGAGCCCCGUGGCCUGAGAGCUGCCAGGACCAUCCCAGGCCACUUCCACACGGAGCUCCUACACUCAGCUCUUCUUUUUGUCUCUCAGAGGAGAUCUGGAUGAGCUGGGCAGGCAGGGAGGGUUUCACUGGGUAACCAGGAAUGUCCUGCCCUGCUCCACCUGGAUAACCAGGAUGUUCUGUCCUGGUUCUCCUGAAUAACCAGGAAUGUUCUCUCCUGCUCCACCUGGAUAACCAGGAUGUUCUGUCCUGGUUCCCCUGGAUAACCAGGAAUGUUCUCUCCUGGUUCCCCUGGAUAACCAGGAAUGUUCUCUCCUGGUUCUCCUGAAUAACCAGGAAUGUUCUCUCCUGCUCCACCUGGAUAACCAGAAUGUUCUCUCCUGCUCCACCUGGAUAACCAGGAUGUUCUGUCCUGGUUCUCCUGAAUAACCAGGAAUGUUCUCUCCUGGUUCUUCUGAAUAACCAGGAAUGUUCUCUCCUGGUUCCCCUGGAUAACCAGGAAUGUUCUCUCCUGCUCCACCUGGAUAACCAGGAAUGUCCUGCCCUGUUCCACCUGGAUAACCAGGAAUGUUCUCUCCUGGUUCCCCUGGAUAACCAGGAAUGUUCUCUCCUGCUCCACCUGGAUAACCAGGAAUGUCCUGCCCUGCUCCACCUGGAUAACCAGGAUGUUCUGUCCUGCUCCACCUGGAUAACCAGGAUGUUCUGUCCUGCUCCACCUGGAUAACCAGGAAUGUCCUGCCCUGCUCCACCUGGAUAACCAGGAAUGUUCUCUCCUGCUCCACCUGGAUAACCAGGAAUGUUCUCUCCUGGUUCCCCUGGAUAACCAGGAUGUUCUCUCCUGUUCCACCUGGAUAACCAGGAAUGUUCUCUCCUGGUUCCCCUGGAUAACCAGGAUGUUCUCUCUUGCUCCACCUGGAUAACCAGGAAUGUUCUGUCCUGCUCCACCUGGACAAUCAGGAGUGUUCUCUCCUGGUUCUCCUGAAUAACCAGGAAUGUUCUCUCCUGGUUCUCCUGAAUAACCAGGAAUGUUCUCUCCUGGUUCUCCUGGAUAACCAGGAAUGUUCUCUCCUGCUCCACCUGGAUAACCAGGAAUGUUCUCUCCUGGUUCCCCUGGAUAACCAGGAAUGUCCUGCCCUGUUCCACCUGGAUAACCAGGAAUGUUCUCUCCUGGUUCUCCUGGAUAACCAGGAAUGUUCUCUCCUGGUUCCCCUGGAUAACCAGGAAUGUCCUAUCCUGGUUCCCUCUAAGCUCAGUGCUGGAGAUGGGCAGGGCAGCACAGCCAGGGGCAUUUCCUUCUUUUUGGAGGGAAUUCCUCGGGUGAAGAACACCUGGCAGCCCAUGAAAUAUCAUUUUAUCCCUCCCAGUCCAGAAAAUUGUAUGGAGCCAGGUAGGAGCUGGGAGAUGAGUGGGAACUGAGGCUCAGGGCUGGGACAGUGAGGGAUGGGUGGAACCAUCCCUGUUAUCCCUUCCUCCUGUGGAAUCCUGGACAUCUGGGCAGGCUCCUGGCUGAGGGAAUCCUCUCCCUGGAUGUGUUCAUCCAUCUGCUCCCAGCUCCUCACUCUGGGAGGGAAAUGCUCCACGUUUCCUUGAGCAGCAACUCCAAAUGGGGAAUUUUAUCAACCUCAUCAUUCCUGUAAUUACCAAAUUAUGGAAUUGGCACACAGCUGCUUCUGGGCAGUGGCUGUUCCCAGCCCAUGGAGCUCCCUUGGGCCAGGUGGGACUUCCAAAUAAUCAAAAUUCAGUGUGAACAUCUGAAUUUAACCUGGAUAAACUUCCACAAAAAUCUGCCCGUCACCCACCUAAGUGCAGGAAAUCAACCAAAUCAAAUAAAUAAAAUACAAAAGUAUUUCUUCAGCAAGGCUGGGAGGAAAUUGUCACAUCAGGAGAGGAGAAAACUGAGCCCACCUGUGGAUGUGCUCCCUGGAGCUGCCCUGCAUCAGCAUUCCCUUGGGAAGCUGCUUUUUGGGAUUGUUUCUCCUGGUUCUCAGAUCUGUGGUGAUACAGAAUGGAGACUCACUCUGCAAAUGGACUUGGGUUGUUUUAUUUUUUUAUUUUAGAUCCUGGAUGUAAAAGGAAAAUGUAUUGAAUUUGCAUUCUGACACAUUUUUACUUCCUUUAUGAAGUGUUUGAUUUUAUCCUGCAUCAAAAUAUUCCAAGAUCUUGUCUGCAGGAAAAAGUGGGGAAAAAAUUGCUUCCCUUGUUUCAGUUCAGCAUUUUCAAAUGGUAAAAUUUGUCAUUGCUGCAUUUUCUCAUCACCUUUUCUGUUUCUUUUGUAGAAAAUAAAAACUGCUUGAUGUCCAUGGAA